AUGGAUGACCACCUGAGUCUGCUGCGCUCUCCUCCGCCUUCCUGGUGCAGACACCGGGGCGACGGCACGCGCGUGAACCGAGGCUACGCCGACGCGGAGCGCGAGGACGACGCCAUGACGGUGGCGGCGGCGGCGGCGGCGGGAGCGUGCGGCGAGAGCGGCGCCGAGGAGCCGCCCGCGCUCGAGCGCUACGACGCGCCGCACGAGUGCCGCGAGCGCGUGGUGAUCAACAUCUCCGGGCUGCGCUUCGAGACGCAGCUCAAGACGCUCGCGCAGUUCCCGCAAACUUUGCUCGGCGACCCGAAGAAGCGCAUGCGCUACUUCGACCCGCUCCGGAACGAGUACUUUUUCGACCGCAACCGGCCGAGCUUCGACGCCAUCCUGUAUUACUACCAGUCCGGCGGGCGCAUCCGGAGACCCGUCAACGUCCCCAUCGACAUCUUCUCCGAGGAGAUCCGGUUCUACGAGCUCGGCGAGGAGGCCAUGGAGAAGUUCCGAGAGGAUGAAGGGUUCAUCAAAGAGGAAGAGCGCCCGUUACCGACCCGGGAGUUCCAGAGGCAGGUGUGGCUCCUGUUCGAAUACCCUGAAAGUUCAGGUCCGGCGCGCGGCAUCGCCAUCGUCUCGGUGCUCGUCAUCCUGAUCUCCAUCGUCAUCUUCUGCUUGGAGACGCUCCCGGAGUUCAGAGAGGACGAUGACCGAGAGCCAGCCGUCAUCGCCACCUCCGCUACCUUGAUGUCGAACUCCACCACGACCGUCCUUCCGAGUCCGUUCUCGGACCCUUUCUUCGUCGUGGAGACGCUCUGCAUCAUCUGGUUCUCCUUCGAGCUCCUGGUGAGGUUCUUCGCGUGCCCGAGUAAGGCGACGUUCUCGAAGAACAUCAUGAACAUCAUCGACAUCGUGGCCAUCAUACCCUACUUCAUAACGUUAGGGACGGAACUCGCGGAACGCCAAGGGAACGGUCAGCAAGCCAUGAGUUUGGCCAUUCUCCGCGUGAUCCGACUGGUGCGCGUCUUCAGGAUCUUCAAACUCUCACGGCACUCCAAGGGCCUUCAGAUUCUGGGUCAGACGCUCAAAGCGAGCAUGCGGGAACUGGGCUUGCUCAUUUUCUUCCUCUUCAUCGGAGUCAUCCUUUUCUCCAGUGCCGUCUAUUUCGCCGAAGCGGACGACCCAGAGUCGGGCUUCAACAGCAUCCCGGAUGCCUUCUGGUGGGCCGUGGUGACCAUGACCACUGUGGGUUACGGAGACAUGCACCCCGUGACGAUCGGAGGCAAAAUCGUUGGGUCGUUGUGCGCUAUCGCAGGCGUCUUGACCAUUGCUCUUCCCGUCCCGGUCAUUGUCUCGAAUUUCAACUACUUCUACCACCGGGAGACGGAAGGAGAAGAACAGGCACAGUACCUUCACGUCGCGAGCUGCCAACCGCUCUCAUCCUCGUCAGAAGAGCUGAAGAAGACGCGUUGCUCGUCUUCAUCCUCGCUCAGCCGAUCCGAGUACAUGGUGAUCGAAGAAGCCGCCUUCACUCAGCCCAACUUCUCGACUCAGAACAACCAGAACUGUGUCCAUAUCAAAAAGAUCUUUACAGACGUGUAAGACUACUGAAGAUUUUAAUAACAAUGUAUCAGACUGUAAAAACAAUAAUCAUCCUCGUCGAGUCACACGGGAAGGUUAGACAGGUGAGGAGAGACAUCAGAGCCCCACAUGUGUCCAUCCGCUCAUCCAUCUUACUGUGUGCUCUCAGUGUUAACUCGUUAGGAGGCGCUUAAAGGACAAAUGCUAAUAACCUGAUUAAUUAAUGAUUAGUAUUAAGCAGAAGAGUUAUAAGCUAGUAUACUUGCAGUUGUAAACACUCCAUAGAUAGAGACAGAGAGAGAGAGAAAUUCAGUCUAGACUUUAUAAUCAUAAUCCAAAAAAGUCUCAUUAUAUUAAUGGACUCGAAUAUUUGGGUUAUUUUCCCGUCUUGUGUGUCAUCAGUAUUUCAUAUCAGUGUAAUAAUGAACACUGUUAUGCAUGUGUGUGUGCGUGAUUGGCACCACACACACAUACUUACGCACGCGCCUAAACCUUCUGAGUGCCGAAGGACAAGGGAAAGGAAUAAAGGAUAGAGAGGGAGGGAUAGAGACAACAUCCAGCUCGCUCCUGGAAUGAUGAGGUCUCCA